AUGCUCUCAAACGAUGUCUCUCCUACAAAAUCAUCAAGGUCAAAGCGCAGGUCUCUCUUUAGAAAAUCUUCAAAACGCGCCAGCACAGUCCCAAAGCCGUCUGUAGCCAACUCCAUCCAUUCCUCCGACCACCAGUCUCUUAGCGAGAAGGCGCGCGACGGAGAGGAGGCAGAGAGCAUCUUCAACAAUGCUAAUUCAUCAACAGACACCUUUUCUCCUGUUGCACGCUCCAUCAUCCCCGAGCCGUUGACCCAGCUUCCAUCAUGGUACAACAAGGAUGGCGAGUUGACAUCUUCCUCCGUACAUCAGUUCCGAGCACGAUUCCCCAUACACAACCCAAUCGGUCCCCGCUCUUACAAGAAUCAUCAUCUCUUGCCUCCGUCCACCCGCCCAUCUUCUGUGUUUUCUCCUGUCUUUCCUCCAAUGAAUUCAGAUGGCGCUCAAGAACCUGGUUGGAUGCCAGCUCCUAGUCGCUCGCCAUCAGGAUCGCCCCUCCCGACGCCAAGCUCCUCGCAGACUCGCAUACAGGAACCAGGCGGUAAGCGCACGCGAAAAUUGUCAAAUACGCCGCACGACAAUGUAGACUUGCUCGACGUGUCUGACCCAUGGGGGACCAAUUGGCACCAUCAAUCGCCUUACGACGUCGGUGGGCUAAAUGCAGAGAGGGGUGGCACUAUUCCUGAGGCGUCUGAUGGUCGCCCCGGCGCGCGCUCCCGCAAAUCUAGUCUCACUGGCCAACGACACAAAACCACCACUCCUUCACCACUAUCCCAAUCUACAUCUGCGAUACAUCUACAGCACCCAGACGCAGAUGGCUUGGGGGUCUCUCGAAAACUCACCAAGCGCCGUAAACCCGGCAUCCGCGGUGUCUUCAGCGGCUCAAUUGACACAGACGCCCCUGCCAAGGCAGUCUCUGCACCCACGACACCUAUCGAUGGGGAUAUUGUGUCGCAAGAUACUCUGGCUCCACUGGGAAGGAAGACGUCAAAGCUAACAUCUACCAUGUCGACAACGUCUGGGAGAGCCUCCAUUUCCAUCGCGUCCAUCGCGCCCUCCUAUCUUACAGAAAAGAAAGAGAAACGUGGGAGUGUUUUGGGGCGGUUCGCCAGGAGGUUCAGCGUCUUGCGAAAGACGCCGCGUGUGCACAGUAGGCAGCCUAGUGCCGAAGAUGGGAAGCAAAUUGGCGACCGUCCUAGUCUUGAAACAGCAGACCGCCAUCAGACAGCUUCGAUGGAGCCCAGGGUCUCAUCCUCACCGGAAAAGGCGAGACAGAGCGUGGACGUGAACAAACGUGUUCCCCCUCCAUCUACAGAGCGGGAGGAAGCGGAUGAGGUGCCUGAGCCCAUACACAUCGUCCGUGCUGAGCCGGAACAUGACCUUGGCGAUGGAGCAUCUUACAUGUCCGUCGAGGCCCCAUUCUCGAUGGGCAAGCUGACUAUCGCCAACCCCGACACGCCAGGAUCUGCUGAGAACUCACCCGGCCCCUACGUCACCUCGUUCCAUGUCAACUCAGCACCACAUCCUCAAGCUACUGAGCAAAGAAGUCGACCAUCUGAGGAUCGAUCUCAACCGCUGUUGAUUCCUGUGACGGUUGCGUAUAGUCAUGAGAUGGUCGAGACGCCCGUCGCACUUUCCCCAAGCCCAUCCCCACCGCCGAGGGCGCAUCAUCCCCAGCACACACUGGCUCAUCCACAUGGAUUCAUCCCUCCGCAUCUACACGCCGCCCAUCUGGCGCCAGAACAAUAUUUCCCUCCAACGCUGGUAUCUAAAGACGAACCCUUGCCAAUACCCAACCAAUUUGAACCUCCAUCAUCCCAGACCGAUGACUCUCCUAUGUCAAAUUUGUCUUUGCUCGUGAACCCUCCUACUCCGCAACUCCCUUCAAGCAAUGUAUCGCACAUCCCGUCUCCCUACGUGCCACCUUCUGCACAGGUUCCACCGUCUCCUGUACAACCAUCUCCGACUUCCCCUCAAACGCCUACGAAUGGCAUGCAGCCUUCCUCACGGGACUCGUCUCCUACAAAGAGACACGCAAGCCGACGCCAGAAGUCUUCUGGUUCGGUGAAGAGGGAGACCGAGACGUUUAGACUCGUGAGGAGCCCUUCGGCAGGAUAUGUGCAUUUGACGGGCGAGACAAUUGUGGCACACGGGGAGCAGUGGGCGGUGGUCGGUUCGCCAGAACUACCGAAGAAGAGUAAGUCAACAAAGUCCAGACGUCACGAGAGGGAGCGGACGGAGACGGAGGCUGUGGCUGGACCUUCUACGGAGCAGGCUAGUUCAAGUCGUCUUGAAGGCACAGAACAUGCAAGGUCAAGUCAGACCAAGGAGAGCUCGUCGAGUCGGCGGCACCGAAGUCAAAGUGAGCAUAAAGAACACCGUGACAGGUCGUCGAUAGAUACCCCUGCAGGUAUGCCAGUAAAUGGGUCUGUCAACGGUGGCGCUCGUGUCGAGCGUCGUCCAUCGACGUUAGCACGUCCAACUUCUGAGCUUACAUCUGCAGCUGAUCUCAAUGCUGUUAGAGCCAAAGACGUGUGGGAAAUGGAGCGUCUUUGGAAAGGACAAAGCAUGGCCUAUGGCCUUGACGGGCCUCAGCUCGUCUAUGCGCAGUCGAUAGGUGAACGGUCGAGCGCCAGUGUCAAUGGUGAUCUACAAAGGGCGAACACCAUGAGCGGAGCCGUGCACGGCUCCAGUCACACUUCCUACAAACUCCAAUCACCAUUUCUGUCUCCAAGCCCUACAUCGUCUCAGCCUUAUUCCCCCAUCCCCGCUCCACCGCCUCCCAUCAUUUAUUCGUCUACGACUGCAUCUGGAUCCUCGCCUUCCUAUAUAUAUCCGAACGGCGUGCGGUCGUAUCCAGACAUCUCUACGAUUCCCUCGAUGUCUUCACCAGAACCCUCGCCCCCGCGCCGCGCAUUCACAAACCCUCUGCCGGAACCCCCGCGCGAGUCACCAUACAGACCGCCCCCACUUCCCCCAUCGGUCGACGACCACGAGUCCGCGUCCGUCGCGGAAUACUGGAACAAGUAUGCGAUGACCACCUCUUACUAAACCGAACCGUAUUAUACCCUACUCACAUUCUCCCGGAAAUAAGACCCUUUGCGAUAUCUAGAUGACACUCAUUCUCCUACGGACUUUAUUUUUUUUUUCCAACUCUCGCUCUCUCUCGCUCCAUUUCCAAUGCCCGGGUUUCUCUUGUUGCAUUUCUCCAGCGGUCGCUUUGCAUUAUAAUUAUGGACUAGUCGGUUGUGCUGCCAUGUAGUUGAUUUAUCAUUACCCUUAGUGUUCAGCGGUGGUCAUUCCUAGCGUUCACCCUCAGGCGCGUCUGAGGUUUAUUACGAUAAUAGAACAUUUCGUUUCCAAAUCUUGGAUGUAAAGUACAGUAUAACAUGCAUAGGACAAGGGGGUGUUGGUGACAUAGGUGAUAGAUGAACAAGAAAAUGCGGGAAAAACAACACGCGGGAAGGACAGAGCACAAACAAAUCAAGCAUGGAAGAAACCGAAAGCAACUACGUACGUCCAAUCCAAUACAUCAAUCAACGGGGGUACGCCUGAGGGUCCAAAGGAAAGUCUGGCACGGGGUAAUCCUCCCAGCGGCGCUCUGCGUCCAGGAAGUGUCGGAGGCGGGAUAUCUGGUACGACAAAUGGAUAAUGAUAAUCUGCAUCUUGAUGUCGAGGUUCAGCUGGAGGAUCUCUUCGCACGUGCGCAGCGCCUGCGUCCGCGUCGUCACGAACAUGCUCCCGUGGAUGCCGAGCGUCUUGACGGCGUCGAUCAUCUCGCUGAAUUCGGCGCACCACCCC